AUGCCAUACUCCCCCGCCUAUUUGGCAACAGUACCCCGCUGUGCUGCUCCAGCAAACAGCCUAGGUUUACAACCGUCGGCUCUGCGUCAGCCUCCUUCACGCCAAUUUUUCUCCUGCAAAUCUUCCUGUCCCUCUUUAUACACUCGACUGUCCUCUGUUCGACGCGGGUUCCUUAUUGAGUCUUGCCGAAGAGUUCCCCGACGUUCCCCGGAGAGCCUCAGAAACUUUCCCGCUUUACCGUGUCAACGUCGUACAUUCUCGAGCACAGGCGUCGCCAUGGUGGCCGAAAAGAUCGAUGGCACGCAAAUCGCCAAGGACAUCCGGGCGGGGUUGAAGGAUGAAAUCCAGAAGAUCCAGGAAAUCAACCCCAGGUUCAAGCCCAGCCUGGUGAUCUUCCAAGUCGGAGAUAGGUCUGAUUCAAGCACAUAUGUGCGCAUGAAGUUGAAGGCGGCUGAGGAAGCAAACAUCCUCUGCAAGAUCGUCAACUUCCCCGAGUCCAUUACUCAGCCUGAAAUUCUCCAAGAGAUCAGCCAGGCCAACAAUGACCCCUCAGUACACGGCAUCCUCGUCCAGUUACCCCUUCCCCAGCACCUUUCCGAGCAUGCGGUCACCUCCGCUGUAGCCGACGAGAAGGAUGUCGAUGGUUUCGGAGCGAUUAAUAUUGGAGAGCUCGCCAAGCGUGGUGGUCGCCCGCUUUUUGUUCCUUGCACACCGAAGGCCGUAAUGGUCCUUCUCAAGGCCAGUGGUGUCGACCCAGCGGGCAAAGAGGCAGUUGUCCUUGGCCGCAGCGACAUUGUUGGAAGCCCUGUUAGCUACCUUCUCAAGAAUGCAGACGCGACCGUCACUGUGUGCCAUUCGAAGACCCCCGAUAUUGCUAGCGCUGUAAAAAAGGCGGAUAUUGUUGUCGCGGCGAUUGGUAAGACAGAGUUCGUCAAGGGCGACUGGAUCAAGCCAGGCGCCGUCGUUAUCGACGUUGGUAUCAACUACAAGCCUGAUUCCACGAAGAAGUCAGGACAGCGUUUGGUCGGUGACGUCGAGUACGAGUCGGCCUCCCAAGUGGCUUCAAAGAUCACGCCUGUCCCCGGUGGUGUUGGGCCCAUGACAGUAGCUAUGCUUCUGGAGAAUGUUGUUGCUUCGGCCAAAGCAUACUUUGAGAAACAGAAGGAGCGACAUAUCACCCCGCUCCCGCUCAAGCUGGCCACCCCGGUUCCCUCAGACAUCGCCAUCUCCCGCUCGCAGUACCCUAAGCCUAUUACUCAAGUCGCGUCCGAGAUCGGUAUCGCAUCUCACGAACUUGAGCCGUACGGUCAUACUAAGGCCAAAGUGAGCCUUGAAGUACUUAAUCGUUUGAGCCACCGCCGUAAUGGCCGCUACAUCCUGGUCUGUGGUAUCACUCCCACUCCUCUAGGAGAGGGCAAGUCGACAACUACGUUGGGUCUCAGCCAGGCCCUAGGUGCACACUUGAACCGUGUCGCUUUUGCCAACGUCCGCCAGCCGAGCCAGGGUCCUACGUUCGGUAUCAAAGGUGGAGCCGCCGGUGGAGGCUACAGUCAGGUCAUUCCCAUGGAUGAGUUCAAUCUGCAUUUGACUGGUGAUAUUCACGCCAUCACUGCCGCUAACAACCUCCUUGCCGCUGCAAUCGAGACACGUAUGUUCCACGAGGCUACCCAGAAGGACGCCGCGCUGUACAAGCGUCUCGUCCCAGAGAAGAAGGGCAAGCGCGAGUUCAAGCCUAUCAUGUUCAAGCGGCUAAAGAAGCUGGGAAUCAACAAGACCGACCCCAACGAGCUUACUGAAGAAGAAAUCAAUCGGUUUGCCCGCCUUGACAUUGACCCUUCGACCAUCACUUGGCGCCGUGUUCUGGACGUCAACGAUCGACACCUUCGCGGAAUCACCGUUGGACAGGCGCCAACGGAGAAGGGACUAACACGUGAAACUGGGUUUGACAUCUCGGUUGCCAGUGAAUGUAUGGCAAUUCUGGCCCUGAGCAGUGAUCUCGCAGAUAUGCGGGAGAGACUUGGUCGUAUGGUUGUUGCUACCUCGAAACGGGGAGAGCCGGUCACUUGCGACGAUAUCGGUGCUGGGGGAGCGCUUGCGGCGCUGAUGAAGGACGCGAUCAAGCCCAACUUGAUGCAGAGUUUGGAAGGUACGCCUGUUCUAGUUCACGCCGGUCCCUUCGCCAACAUCAGUAUCGGAGCCAGUUCGGUCCUUGCGGACCGGGUAGCACUGAAGCUGGCGGGUACCGAGCCCGAGGAGGACCAUGAAGCCAAGACUGGUUUCGUUGUUACAGAGGCUGGUUUCGACUUCACCAUGGGCGGAGAGCGCUUCUUCAACAUUAAGUGUCGGUCGUCUGGUCUUUCUCCUGACACUGUAGUCAUUGUUGCUACUGUGCGUGCCCUGAAAGUUCACGGUGGUGGUCCUGAGAUCAGCCCUGGAGCUCCACUACACGAGGUCUACCGCACAGAGAACACCGAGAUUCUCCGCAAGGGCUGUGUUAACCUUAAGAAACACAUUGAAAAUGCCCGGCAGUACGGAGUCCCCGUCGUGGUAGCUAUCAACCGCUUCGAGACCGACACCGAGGCGGAGAUCGCUAUCAUUCGCGAGGAGGCCAUCUCGGCGGGUGCGGAGGACGCAGUCUCCGCCAACCACUGGGCCGAGGGCGGAGCCGGCGCCGUCGACCUGGCCAAGGCUGUCAUCAUUGCUAGCUCCAAGCCAAAGGACUUUAAGCUGCUCUACGAUCUCAACGGCAGUAUCCAGGAGCGCAUUGAGCGGAUCGGUAAGGCCAUGUACGGUGCGGAGAAGGUGGAGUUCAGCGAACUCGCUCAGAAGAAGGUCGACACAUACACUGCCCAAGGCUUCUCUAACCUCCCGAUCUGUAUCGCCAAAACACAGUACUCUCUCAGUCACGACCCCGCGCUGAAGGGCGCUCCGACUGGGUUUACCGUUCCCAUCCGCGAUGUACGAUUGGCUGUGGGCGGUGGAUACCUGUACGCGCUCGCAGCGGACAUCCAGACGAUCCCCGGGCUGCCGACCGCUCCUGGGUACCUGAACGUGGACAUUGACCCCGAGACCGGGGAGAUCGACGGGCUCUUCUAG